GCCUGCACUGACUGCAGCCCGCCACCAUCUUGGAAGCGGGCAGAAGCGGAUUAAGAGGAUUUCGCCCUGCGCCUCGGGAAGAAAGCGGCCGCCGUUGCCAACAGCGAUUGGAGCCCGCCGGAGGGCGGGGGCUGCAGUGCGGCUGCGCAGACCAGGGCUGGGACACCACUGUAAGUUUCUCUGUAAUGAGCUCUGUGCUGCAAUUUGCUGUAUUUACUGCGCUCAUGGGACUGUUUCUGGCCAGAACCAUGGCCUGGACUUCAAGUGGGAAAACACAUGCUGAGCUUAUCAACAAUCUUUACAAAAAUGGUGUGAUUAAAUCUGAGAGAGUCUUUGACGUGCUACUGGCAACAGACAGAGCACACUACAUCAAGCACUACCCAUACAUGGAUUCACCGCAGUCAAUAGGAUACAAGGCUACAAUCAGUGCACCCCACAUGCAUGCCCAUGCUCUGGAAUUACUGAAGGAUCAGCUAGUGGAAGGAGCAAAGGCACUGGAUGUGGGAUCAGGAAGUGGAUAUCUUACAGCUUGCUUUGCAAGAAUGGUGGGUCCCACAGGGAAGGCAGUGGGCAUAGAGCACAUUGAAAAGCUGAUCCAUGAAUCCAGAAGAAAUGUUGAAGAAGAUGAUGCAACCCUGCUCACCUCUGGCCGUAUGAAACUUGUAGUCGGAGAUGGUAGAAAGGGAUACCCUGAAGAAGCCCCUUAUGAUGCCAUCCAUGUUGGAGCAGCAGCACCCACUGUACCAAAGGAGUUGCUGAAUGAAUUGAAGCCAGGAGGUCGGUUGAUCUUGCCAGUGGGUCCUGAAGGUGGAAGCCAGGUUCUAAUGCAGUAUGACAAAACUAAUGAUGGGCAAAUUGUGGAAACAAAACUGAUGGGUGUGAUCUAUGUUCCUCUGACAGAUAAGGAGAAGCAGUGGCCUCGGUAAAAACUUUGUUCCCUCUGUAAUGAUUUUUCUCUUGCUUACCUAUCUUGCUGGCAAGACGUUGUGGGACAAGUUUACUCCUCCAGAGUCCCUUGACACUACUGGAGAAAGAUUCCUUAGACUCCUAGCUGAUGCUGCCUGCAAAAAGCAGAAGGAAGGGACUUAACAUGCUUGCACACAGUAAUAGGAGAUGCACACUGCUAUGUUACAUAAAGAUUAAUGGAGCUUGCUAGCUUUCACAGCCUGUUCCUUCAUGUAAUAAAUAUUGUAUUCAUAUUGAUACUUGCAUUGAACUGAAGGAAGAUGCUGAAUCUAUACAAAGCAGUAACUUGGUUGCCUUUUCCCCCUCCCUUUUAGGGAUGAAAUCUGAGAGAUUGAUAUCACUUACAAAAUAACCUUGGAAAACAGAUGAACCAGUAUCUGAAAAAAGAACUGUAGGUGUGUAUGGCUUUGCUUUUUUAAAUGGAAGUUCUGCUUAGUGGACGCAUUGCAAAAGCAAGUGUUCCUUAUAAGAAUUCAGUUUGGAAGGGUGAGGGAGGAAGAUUCCUCCAGAUCAACUAGUGGCCAAAUUACCAAGCACUGGAGCCCUUGUCUGAUCUCUUACUGGAUACCCAUGUCAAACCAGAGAAAUACAGCUGUUUGUUUGCUCAGCCAUGAAUAAAAUAUCCGUGUAAAUCAAGAAGAGGUGAGUGUACAAAUAGGUAGAUAUGAAUUCUCAAAUCUGUGUUGAACUUGAUUGUGGACUGUAUUGCGUUCGACUUCAUCUAAUGCUUGAAGAAUUACAAGAUUUUUUGAUACUUCAGAGGUUAUAAAUGUACCCAGUGCAACAAGCAAGCUCUCAUUUGUCAUUUUAAUCUCUUAGAUUAAAUGUGGUUUGCUUCUGAGGAUACCACCAAUUCAUCUACUAUAGCAAUGCCAGGUCCUUCCAAAACUAGGACUUGGUGUGAACAGCCGUAUAUAUUUAUUUAGAGUUGACAAGGCAUCCUAAGGUUUGUGAAUUAAUUACUUUGCACCUCUCUUUUGUGCCUUGCUUUAUUUCACAAAGGUUUUAUGUUCCCAGGAACCAAGCAGGAGGCAGGGUUGUGACUUUCCUUUAACUUGCUGCUGUUUGAAGUUUCUUUGUAACAUGGGGAUAUUUUUGGAAUCGCUAAUUUAAUAAACAAGUAUUAAUUAUGAA